AUGUUAUGUGGUGACAAGUGCGAUAGAGACAAAAUUGUCAGAUUGCCGCAAAACUGGGUUACGAAGACGGCUGGGCUCGAACGUGUGCAACUGGUCCCAGAAUGGAUAGGGCAAAUUUUGCCUUCCGACUCAGACGAUGCAGCUACCACGUGUUUAUGUCGAACGUUGCUCACACGCUGCAACCGCAAAAGCUUAUUUCAGUUCACGAUCGUGGCGGGGAACGAGGAAAGUAUUCGCGCCAAAGAAGAAGAACAUCCGGGCCCUCAAGGUGGCGGUAUCUGGACGUGCAAUAUUGAAGAAAUACAGCUAGCAUGCUGGAGCUUCGUCAAGACAACCUCCGCGACAUUGGUAGAUCUGUUUUGCGGUCCAGAUAGUUGA